AUGAGCUCCGAAAAGAAACAUACAGAACAAUCAAGUUCACCACCAUUUGAUAAUAAUGAACACAAUAACAACAACUAUACCAACAACAAGAUAGAAAAUGAAGAAAGUGCUUUUAAUAAUAAAUCUAGAUUUAAUGUUGUUGAAGGUACUCGAGGAGCUUUUAAGAAGGAUUAUAAAACUGUUAAUGUUAGUGCAUGUAAUGCUCUUAAUGGUAAGAUCGAUACUGCGUCAGUUAACACCUUUACCUACGAUCCAAGUGUUUAUAGCACUUUUAAAGUGGAUUCACAUAAAAAUCUUAUCACUCUGAAAAGUGCUAUAACUAUUACACAAAGUAAUACUACUGCUGUAACAAAUGCCACGGUAAACGUUCGUAUUGCAUCCACAAAACCUGAAGAUGCUUCUAUAAACGCUGCACCAGAAUCUAGUGACACUUAUGUAUUAUCAAUUAUACGAUCUGCUUUCGAUGAUAAAUGGGGUUGGACCACUUAUUUGUCAGUGCCAGGUCGAUGUGUCAUAUCACAAGUCGAGGUGAUCUUGCCACAAGUUCUUAGUAAAGCCACCGCUGUAGAAACCGACAAUUACGAUAUCAUAGUAGCAGGUCAUCCGGUACCCUAUACGACCGAAUUCAGAACCUCCACUUUUAACGGUGACAUAUAUAUACAAGACUUGUCGGCCAAUGCAAUCAAAUUGAAAAGCGCGAAUGGAGAUAUUAAAUCGAACAAUUUGAAUGCGGCAAGUGCCACUUUUGAAUCUACUAAUGGAGACAUUUCUGUUAGUAAAUUGAUGAAUUUGGAGAGUAGUUUGAGUGCUAGCACUACUAAUGGAGAUAUUACUAUGGGUGUUAAUAUUAAAACUGCUCAACAACCAACUAUUAGUGCUACUAGUAGUAAUGGUGAUGUUACUUUUGACUUUGGUUCGACAUUUUCUGGUACUUAUAGUCUUUCGACUUCUAAUGGAGAUGUGAAGACAUCUGAUGGAACAAAUAAGAAAGCUGGCAGUGUUGGUAAAGGAGCUAGUAAUUUGAAUGUGCAAACUACAAAUGGUGAUAUUACUAUAACUUUUUAA